GCCCGACGGGAGUGGGCGGUUUGUUUACAUGAUCAGCUGAUUCAUUCACAACUUUUCUGCCCCUUGUUCAGCACGUACUACAGAGCAUUGGCGUUAAUAUGGUCUAAAACCCUAUAAAGGAAGAGAAGAGAACAUACUACACUGAAGGAAUAUUAAGAGGGUAUAAGAAUAUCAAGGAGACUUCCUUAAAAUGCCUUCUCCGUCUGCUGUGAUGUUGUCGGAGGAAUACAAGAGAAGUCUAACGGAGCUUUCGGAAAUGGAUAAUGAUGCUUUUUUAACUUCCUGGGAAAUGGCUCUGGAGCAUCUGAGAACAUACAAGGAACAAGAAGAAAUUCUACCAUAUUACACCAUGCAGCAUCAGAAGGACACAUUGGAACUGAAGUCAGCAAGGAUAGCAAAGUUGCUUGAGCAUUUGCAUGAAACAAAUUCGGACCAAGAUCUAGCAAAACUCCUGACUUCAUCUGGCCUACGAAAAGAAAUAGUGAAUAUUAUUACAUCCCAGUCGGAACACAUCAGGAAACUUAUGUCUUCAAGAAUAUUGUUGAACAAUCCUCGAGAACAGUUGAUUGAUCUGCAAUGGAAGUUUGGAGUGGUGGCUGGGAGUAGCUCCAAGGGAGAGGCUGGGAGAACUUUUGUACAGGUGAAGAUUGUCUCCAAGUCUCCGAGUGGUGCCGUCAAAGCCCGGCAUGUGGAAGUGUCCCUCAAGAAGUUUUACGAUUUCUUGCAUCAACUGGAAAAAGCCAAAGCCACAUUAGAAUAUAUGAAUUAUUUAUAACCAAUGAUUGCAUAUUGUUUUGUAUUUUCCCCUCUUACGAGGAUGAUUAUAGAUGUUCAUAUGUUAUUUAAUUACUGGGUUUGUUGAAGGAUAUACAAGAGGAGUUGACUUGCCUAUAUCUGUUAGUUAAACAUUCCAUUGUAUCAUUUCAAGAACUUUCUUUGCUGUCUUAUUGUAAUGCCUCUAUGUUAGAUGAUUAUCUGUUAUUGUAAUUACUAUGUUAGGUAAUUAUUAUUAUUAUUAUUAUUUACUAUUAUCUAAUUUUAUGGAUUAUCUUACCAUUUUAGAUUUCUUGAAAAUGAAAAAAUAUAUAUUUAUGAUGAUGUUGA